GAACACCCCAUUUCUGGGCAGUCUUCUUGGUUAUGGCCUGGAGGGAUUGUGUGCCUAGAUGGGAAGAAUGGUGGUUUGGCCUGGAAUGAUGAUGCGGAUGGAGGCCGGGGAAGAGAGAUCUCUCGAGAUUUUGCCAAGCUGUAUGAACUGGACGGUGAUCCGGAAAGGAAAGAGUUCCUGGAUGACCUCUUCAUCUUUAUGCAGAAGAGGGCCAUCUCCACUUUGGACCCUGGCGUGACUGAAUCUUGAGCCCAGUGACUCAACUUCCUGGCUUUAUAUCCUGUCAUAGCAAUGGGUUCACCAGCCAGGUCAGCCCUCAGGAAGCAUGGCCAGAAACCCAGCCUCUCUAGGAGAAGGUCCUCAGCAACCUGCAUAGCUCCACCUUCAUCACCUUCAGGACAAAGCCACACGAGAGAGCUCUUGCCUGGGACUCUGCUUAUGUCUAAUCAUGCAUUCCCGGGUUUCUGUGUCAGCUCCUUUAUUGAGACAUGGGACUGAAAUCCUCCUCUUCACCUUAGGCUGAGCUAUAAUGGCAGCCCCCAUCAGGUAUGGGGGCUAUUCUCUGUGAACUCUUUUCUCUCCCUCUUCCCCCCUUCCUCAACACACCCUUC